GUGUUUUUUGCCCAUCAGGUCCCAGAUGGGCAUCCUGGAAUCUUGGAAUCUUCAUUUGUAUCCGCUGUGCGGGAAUCCAUCGGAAUCUUGGCGUGCACAUAUCCCGAGUUAAAUCUGUAAACCUGGACCAGUGGACACACGAGCAGAUACAGUCUGUUCAGGAGAUGGGGAAUGCCAAAGCUCGGCGACUAUAUGAGGCCUUUUUACCAGAGUGCUUCCAGCGCCCAGAGACAGACCAAGCUGCUGAGAUUUUUAUUCGUGACAAAUAUGAUAAGAAGAAAUAUAUGGAUAAAUGCAUUGACAUACAGUCCUUUAGGAAAGAAAAGAGUGAGACAGUGACGAAAGAGGCUCCUGUUGUUUUUGAAAAGAUGAAGCUGAAAAAAGAUGACUCACAGCAAUUCAAAAACAGUCCAAAGCAGUCACAGUCAGUUAACGACUUACUAGGACUAGAUGCCCCUGCUUCUCAAGCUGCCGUGUCCAAUGGCAAACCAAGCGCUCAACUCAGUCCGGCCCUCGACCUCUUCAGCUCUCUGCCCGCUGCCGUCAGCAGCUCAAACUCCUCCAGGAGCACGCCUAGCUCAGGGUCUAUGCCCACUGGACGGGUAGCAGCAUCAGUGCCCGAAAACCUCAGCCUAUUCCUGGAUCCCCCCUCCAAAAGUGAGGACAGUGGAAAAAAGAUGUCUAAGGACUCAAUCUUGUCCCUGUAUGGCAGUGCAGCACCACAAACAAACAUGGCUGCUCAUGCUGGCAUGUACAUGGGAGCAACCCAGAUGGGCUAUGUCCCUGCUGCAGGAUACGGCCAAUACCAGGCCCUGGGCGCACAGCAGGGCAUGAUGGGGCCUAUGAUGGCUCCGCAGAUGAACGUACUGGGACAGGCAGGUGUCAUGCCGCACGCCGGAGUGGCAGCUGCUCCGCCGUACAUGGCAGGGGUGCAGGGUGGCAUAAUGGGAAUGCAGAACGGGAUGAUGGGAAGCAUGGCAGCGGUUCCUCAGCAGGCAUAUGGAGCACAGCAGGCCCAACAGCUGCAGUGGAACAUCAGCCAGGUAACAGCACCGAAAUCACAAUUACCAUGCUGACUUCAAACAUUUUAU